AUGUUGGUAGUCCCGAAAUCUCCCCGGGUGAUCCUGGGGCUCAUGACCUUUGGCCCUGAUGAAAAGGCCAUGGCCCGGAUAACAAGCAUCGAUGAAUUCAGGAGAUGCCUCGACUGUUUCGCGAAGAGAGGGUACUUCGAAGUCGACACUGCGCGAGUCUAUAUCGACGGGAAACAGGAGGCCUUCACUGCGCAGGCUGGCUGGAAAGAUCGUGGCCUCAAGCUGGCGACGAAAUGGUACCCUAGGACUCCUGGUGCACACAAGGGGGAGCAAGUCCGGGCCAAAGUCGAAGAGUCUUUAAGGGAGUUACAGACUGACUGCGUUGACAUCUUCUAUCUUCACGCCGCAGAUCGAUCUGUGCCCUUUGCAGAAACCCUAGAGGCAGUCAAUGAACUGCACAAGGAAGGGAAAUUCGUCCAGCUGGGAUUGAGCAAUUACACAUCCUUUGAGGUCGCGGAGAUAGUCACGAUGUGCAGCGAGCGAGGGUGGGUGCGGCCGACAGUCUACCAGGGAAUGUAUAAUGCUAUCACCCGGUCCAUUGAAGCUGAACUAAUACCCUGCUGCAAGCGAUAUGGAAUGGAGAUCGUAGUCUAUAACCCGCUGGCCGGUGGGAUCCUGUCGGGCAAGUAUAAGACGUCAGACAUCCCAGCAGAGGGCCGCUAUAGCAACACCCAUUCGGGCGGAGAACUAUACCGGGGCCGAUAUUUCAAGGAUGCCACAUUCGAUGCCCUGAAGAUUAUUGAGCCAGUGGCUGAAAAGCACAAGCUAAGUCUGGUCGAGAUUGCAUUCCGCUGGCUUUUGCACCAUUCAGCUCUGGACAUUAAAGACGGCCAAGACGGAAUCAUCAUUGGCGUGAGUAGCUAUGAGCAGCUCGAGAAGAACCUGGACGAUCUGGAAAAAGGACCGCUCCCGGAUGAAGUUGUCGCUGCGCUCGAUGAAGCCUGGAUGGUAGCAAAGGCUACCACAGCGAAUUACUGGCAUCUGGACCUGAAGUAUACCUAUGACACACAGGCAGCUCUAUUCAAGCCAAAGCAGUAA